CCCCAUCGUGUUCUCCUCCUCUUCCCGGACAAUAGACGCUUCUUCUUCUCAAGGCAACCCCUCCCUCUUCUCAAGGCAACACUGAGCACCCCCUUUUCCUCCUUCUUUCCUCUUCUUUGCCGGCAGUAGGUCUUCCUUUCCGCUUCUCCUCUUUCUCUCUCAAUAUCUCUCUUUCUGCCUCCGGAUUGGUCCCUGCGCUGUCCAAGGGUUGGCUGCAGGGCUGCUGAAUAACAGGUGCAGAGAGAGAGAGAGAAAGAGAGAGAGAGAGAAAUAUAGCAGGAGGGAGGGGAAGAAGAAAGAGGAGGAGGGAGAGAAGGAGGGAGGGAGAGAGGAGGAGGAGAGCCCAGCAGCCGAGGAAUGUUGCUCCAUCCUCCCGCCGCCGUUUGUGGGGGACAACAGGGGUGCACCACCCCAAAUCCGACCCGGGAGGAGAUUGCAAUGUGAUUUCACCCCCUUUUUUCCCAUUUUUCCCCAUUCCGAAUGCGGAAGAGGAGAGGAGGGGGAGAAAAAGAGAGAGAUUGAAGGGAAGAGGAGAGGAGGCGGCUUCGUCGUCCGAGGAGGUGGCUUCGUUGGAUUCUCUUCUACUUCUUCUUCUUCUCUGCUUCUAGAUCUAUUUUUGGGCUUUUUGGGAAGAGCUGCACAAGGAGGAUGGUAUUUUGUGCCUCUUUUUUGGAUGUCUCUGCCUCAAUUGACGAGGAAUGGGUCUCUUUGGGUUGUUUGAGCUGAUUCAGCAGCGGCGGCAGGAAAAGGGAGGCUCUGAUGCCGCGGGGAGGUGGGGGGAGAUGUCCUUUUGGUAACUGACGCCUCGGUGUGGGUCGUCCUCGGUGUGGGUCGUCCUCUUCCUCGGACCCCCACCCCCCCAAUGCCUGUGUUGCCCCCCGGGGGAGGCUGCGAGGCACCCCUAGGAGGAUGAGCGAAGGGGUCGCCUCCGCCGCCUCGCCGCCAAGUGCCGCAGCCUCUGCUGCCGAGGGCGGCGAUGGCGGCCCCGAUCCUCCUCCUCCUCCUCUUCCUCCGGCUGGUCGGGAGCUGCGCUGCAGCGACUGCAUCGUCUGGAACCGGCAGCAGACCUGGCUCUGCGUGGUGCCCCUCUUCAUCGGCUUCGUGGGCUUAGGGUUGAGCCUCAUGCUCCUCAAGUGGAUCGUCGUGGGCUCCGUCAAGGAGUACGUCCCCACCGAGCUCAUGGAUUCCAAAGGCAUCGAGCAGGACCCGUUCUUCCUCUCCAAACAGCCCACGACGCCGCCUAAAAGCGUCCAGCCGUCCGCCACGUCGAGGACGCCGAACAGGAUCGGAACCCGCAUUACCACCUUGCCCACGCGGCUCCCUGGCACGCGGGGACCCAUCCGGGCCGGCACACCGCGCUCCACCACAACGACAACGAGGCGGCACACUGUGGCGCCCCCUUUCUUCUCAAGCACCACCACAGCCACCACUCUCUUCUCCUCUUCUUCUCUCCCCACGAGUCCUCCGCCCGCACCCCUCUGGCCUACUGCGGCAUACACUACCUCCUCCUACAAGACCUAUCUCCAGGACUCCGCGCCCUCCUGGACCUUAUCGCCCUUCCAAGAGGGCAGCACCACUACUACCACCACCACCGUCCCGCCCGAGGCCAACACCAGCCCCAAAUACCAUACCACAACAUACUCCACUGAGCAAUCUGAGCACUUUAAGCCAUGCAAAGAUAAGGAUCUUGCAUACUGUCUCAACGAUGGGGAAUGCUUCGUCAUUGAAACCUUAACAGGUUCCCACAAACACUGCCGGUGCAAAGAGGGCUACCAAGGAGUCCGCUGUGACCAAUUUUUGCCGAAAACCGACUCAAUCUUGUCAGAUCCAACUCAUCAUUUAGGAAUCGAAUUCAUGGAGAGCGAAGAGGUUUACCAGCGGCAGGUGCUGUCUAUAUCCUGUAUCGUCUUUGGCAUAGUCAUAGUGGGCAUGAUCUGUGCAGCAUUCUACUUCAAAACAAAAAAACACACAAAACAUAUUCAGGAGCAGCUGAAAGAGUCACAGAAUGGGAAAACGUACAGCCUUAAUGCUUCCAGCAUGAUGGCAAAAUCAGAUCCCAGGACCCAAAGCCGAGUACAGCUGCAAAAUUAUUCAAAGGCAAACAGACACCAAGAGCCAGCGAUUGAAAAAAUGAUGGAAUCUAGUUUUUCAGGAACUCAGCCCUUUUCUGAAGCCUUGUCUCCUGACAGAGGGGGGCAGACUAUGAAACCACACAGAAGUCUCUCUUCAUGCUGUAGCCCAGGCCAGCGAACAGGGAUGCUCCACAGGAAUGCCUUUCGGAGGACUCCUCCCUUACCUCGGGGCAGGUUCAAUGGAAUUACAGGACCAGCGUAUCAACAGCUGGAAGAGUCAAGGAUCACAGAUCAGGAGACAAUACCUUGUCAAGGGUUAUCUGCUGGUUUAAAGCCACCACAGAGUUCUUCAAUAAAUAUGCAACUGCCUUCAAGAGAGACGAGCUCUUACUUUAAUAGUAUGGCUCAAAAGGACAUGGUUGGCUACUCAUCUCCACGAGCCAAUUCUGUUCCCAUCAUCCCCUCUGUGGGCUUAGAUGAAGCCUGCAUGCAGACACAAAACCUUUCAGACAUAACAGGCAUCAAAUGGUGCAAAAACUCCUAUUCCACUGAACUAGUCAAUGUGAGUGCCCCAGCCAACCGUUGUCUUAUUGCGGAACAACAAGAAGUCAAAAUAUUGUUAGAAACUGUCCAGGAGCAGAUUCGAAUUCUGACUCAUGCAAGGAGGUCAGAGGACUUUGAACUGACAACUGCCAAUGCUGAGAGCAGUACAAGUGAAAACACAGCUUUUCUGCCCAUGAGUCCUGUGGUGAAAUCGGAACGAGAGGCACAAUUUGUCUUAAAAAGUGAAAUGAAAAGAGACUCAGCAUUGAUCAAGUGACUUUGAACUGGGGGGUGGGGAAGGGGAGGGAACGGGAAGGGAAAGGGGAUGUACGGAUCUGUGCAUUUGAAGCUUUGCUAAACAGGAAAGAAAGGAAAUUAAAUACAAAUUAUUUAUAUGCAUUAAUUUAAGAGCAUCUACUUAGAAGAAACCAAAUAGUCUAUCGCCCUCAUAUCAGUGUUUUUUAACAAAAUAUUUUUUUAAGGGAAAGAGAGGUACCAGGUGGGACAACACUUAAACAGAAGUUCAGGAUCUUUCUUUCUUUCUUUCUUUCUUUCUUUCUUUUUUUCUUUUUUUUUCUGCCCACCCCUCCCUUCUCUUGUUUCCUCCAGGCUUAUCCAUGCAGUUUCACAAUCAGUUUUACAAAUGUCCCGUCUGAAAAUUUCGUCUGCCACCACCCUUAGAACUAUGAGUUUCAAAACAGUGCUACAUGACAACAUUGACUAAGAACUUCUCCUGUGCAUGGUUCAUUGAAACAAAUGGCUUACUCUUGCUAAGCUCCUAUUGUUUUGAGUGGAGUUUGCAUGGGUGGCGUUUGCAGUUGUGCCCAAUGUCAAUAGUCCCCCUCACCUUAUAACCCAAAUGUGCAAAGUUCCAACCCCUUCUUCCUCCAGAGCCACAGUUAACAUGCUACAUACUUUACCAUGAAGGUUUUGUGAGAGAGUUAGAAUUUCAAUCUAAAAACAAGUAAGGUGGUUAAAAUACUAUCUUAAGCAUCCUUUUCCAACUGCAUUGCUCUCGAGUUGUGUUAACUUCAAUUCCCCUCCACCUGCAGACAGAAUAGGUCAUAUUGGCUGUAAAUGGUAAAGGACCAUUGUACAACAUGUUUGAUAAAGAGUGAUGUAAAGGGAACCCUAAAGAAGGUUAAUAUUUUUCCACAAGUAAAACAACUGAGCGAAAUUCAUAAGAGGUUUGCCAUGACUUAUUAAGAAACAAAGAAGUGUUUCUGAAAGUUCCUCCUCUAGCCUAGUGGAGUCAAAACAGCUUUAAGAAGCCUGGCAACAUUGUCCAAGGGGCCCAGGUUGCAUAUUCCUCUCUUCUAUGAUUUUGAAUGUUCAAGACUCAAACUUUAGUACUCCAGAAAUCAUUGAUGCUUUGCAAUAUGGUUAACAUUUUCCAUACCAGAAAACUGGAGUCAAAUGAACACAAUUUAAAUAACUAAAACUAGGACCAAACUCUCUAUUCACCUCAUAUUAGCACCUACUGCUGAUGAGUAUUUGGAAAAACUUUUCUUCACCUCUCAGUUCUAAAUCGGCCAAAAAUUAUGCUCGAGAGGAAGGAAACACAUGGAAAAUAUGCAUGUGUGUGUCUCUCAACCUCCCUCCCACAACCAAAACAAAUGAAAACCUGAAGCCACAUUGUUUUGCCAUGGAGUUUAAAGUAUUGUCAAAUUUUAAUUCUUGGAAGUUAUUUGUGAACUCUAAGGACUGCUGAAGUAUGUGCAUAUGUGUGAAUUUUAGUUUUAUUAAUUCUUGUCCAGAGAUCUGGAGGAUCCAGUGUUUUCCUGUAUUUAGCAUAAUGUUUGAAACUGUCACCUUAAUUUACUUCCUUUUAUAAUAUCCCUGUUCACUUACAACUUUGUCACAAAGUGAGUUAUUUUGGCUGAACGUGAUCCAAAGCCCCUUUGGCCCAAGUGAGAAGAAAUGGCUAGUUUGCACACGAUUGUUUCCUAUAGGCCAAAUGGAAAAAUUGCUUAAUUUGAACAUAAUGGAAUAUUUUCUGCCUAUGUGGUCAGUUUUACCACAUGCAUAUAACUAUCUCUGCUUACCCUCCACUGCCUUUAGCCAGUGGUUAUGGUCUCUGUUGACACAGAGAGCCUUAGGCAUGAGUUUUAGCAACCAUGGUUAUUAAAGAAACAUGUACCAGGAAAUGCAAGUCUCCAGCAAGGUACAUGUGUCUUUUUAAGGAGACAUUCUAAUUUUCCUUCAGUGGUUACAAAAACAUCAUGAGAAUCCUGCACUUUUUGCAAAUAGUAAAAUCCAGAGCUGACUUUAAUUCAUGAGUGCAGGUAGAUCCCAAAAUCCAAAUGAACCCAUGAGCAGCCAUCUGUUUUUGGAUCCUUAUUCCACACAAUGUGCAAUCCACUGAGCCAAAGUGGUUUUAGAAAAAGAUUUAUAUUUUAAUGGAAUUCUGAGUGAGCACAGAAUCAGUUCCUUAAAUUAAGAUAAACUUGCCAGUUGGGGUUUUCCUAAGAACUUGAAAUUUCUUUUGUAUUGUUUUUAUUUAACCACAAACCACAAUAUGGCAUCAGAAUAAAGAACUUGUGUUCAGCAACAAA